AUGCAGGAAGCGGAGGAAAAGAAACACCGGAAAGAGGAGGAAAAGGCAGCAAAGGAAGCUGCUAUACAGCUUCAAAAUGAAAUUAAUCUGGCCAACCAGGACAAGAAGAAUAUCAAGAAGCCUUCUACUGCAGAAGAAAUUGAAGAUAUUAAUAAGAAGAGCAAGGAAGAAGUGGAAGAGGCACAUGUUAUGUUCCGGGUCGUCAGCAGGGUUAGGGAGCUCUGCACACACAAUCUCGUCAAUAUGAAGCGCCUGAAGAAAACGAUCACGGCCCGCUAA